AUGCUGAACGCGAAGCCACAAUAUCAGCUUGAACUUUCACGCCUUUCCUUUCUGAUUUUGCAAGCGCAAUAUACUUUGUUCCUCUCCGUGCAUCGUCCUCUCGCAGGUUCGGGCUAUAAGAGUGAUACCUCGCAUGGUCUUUUCCAAGGACAAGUGGAUAUCUUCGCAUACUCCAAGUAUUGCUCUGAUAAUCUUUCAGAAAAAGUCUUUCAUCCAUUUCCCAGGUCCGAGCCAAGGAGCGAUCGAAUUCGAUUUCGAACGAUGAUGUUUUCGAACAAUAGAGUGCUUCAUAUAAUGACUCUUCCAGCCAGUCGCACUGGCGUAGCAAACGAUAAAAACUGUCGGACCGAACAUAUUUCAAGUCUAUUUCGUUGUGCUCACAGCAGUGUGCUAAGAAAGCGUCUGCAUUUUCCCAUUGAUCUGCCAUUGAAUGUUGAGAGGAGCGUUCAAGAAGAUGCGAUAUUUGUCCUUCUCAUCUCAUUGGCUCAUGUUGUGGCAUCUCCUUUUAUGAACCUGGCUUGGUUCUGGUGUUCCCGUAUAUUAGCCGCGUUGCAUUAA